ACAGAGCAAUAUCUUUCCGGUCUACAGGAUUUGUAGAUGAAAAGAAUUUGCGCAAGACCAAAGUAAAAAGGGAUGAUCGAGUCAGAAGAGCCAGUUGGUAUUGUUUCUCGAUGAAUUAUUUUGUCGAGUGGGUGUUGUGCGGUCCGGACAUAUGGUUGUUCCGAAAUAAGAAGUUAUUCGGAUGAAAAUUAGACUUCACUGUCGCCAUUCACUCCAGACAAGGGCGACCAGAACACACUUCCAAGGAACUUCCCAAGUGAAGACACUCAGCUACCAUACCAAGAUCUAAAUAUAUAUACGUUGAAGAACAGCCGGUAUAAUUAGGGUUAGACGACUUCUCAACAAUCUGAAGAUGUUGUGAUGCUCCAAGAACUAAAAGAUAAUGAUACCGAACGAGAAGAAACGAAACAAGUGAAGUCAAUGUUGAAACUUUUCCAACUGGAAGAGAUGGUGGGGAAGGGAGGAGAGGGCCUUCUUUUCCCCAUGCAAUGUGUGAGAUUUGACAUGAAUGAUAUGCUCUUGCAUAUGAACUGGGGGUCAAGAUACAUCUGUUGCACUCGUAGUCGAGCUAGUAGCACGAAGAAGGAAACUUUUUGACUGGAUUCUCUGGUGGAGUUUCUCGAUAUUGGGAGUCCCCCGCAACAUUGAUUGAUUCAAAACGGAAGACGGAAUACCACGCAUUCUGGGAAGCUAACGGUCGACUCAAGGCUAGAAUAUGAGACCUUGCAACCUUUAUUGGUUUAUAUGGGAAUGUCUGAAAUGGAAACUCAGAAGUUUUUUGCUUUUCUUCGCACUAAGAACACUCUACAGAUUAUCUUUCAGAUCAGCACCUAAACAGACUAUAGGGUCUUUAGGGCUUUUGCAAUUUCGAUAAACUCAGUAACUUAUUAAUUACAAGAAUCAUUUGGAUU